AUGGCAGACAAAAAACUGAAGAAGAAAGCUCAACGUGCUACUAGCAAUGUAUUCUCUAUGUUUGAUCAAAAGCAAGUUCAAGAAUUCAAAGAAGCGUUUAAUCUCAUGGAUCAAGACCGUGAUGGUACGGUUAGUUUAGAUGACUUAAAAGAAGUAUACGCUUCACUUGGCAAAUCGCCCAAAGAAACUGAGUUGAAGAGUAUGCUCGAAGAAGGUCAAGGUCCAGUUAAUUUUACAACAUUAUUGACUUUAUUUGGUGACCGACUAAAUGGUACUGAUGAAGAGAAUGUCAUCCUGAACGCAUGGAAGAACUUUGAUCAAGAUGGAACUGGACAAAUUAAUCAAAGAGCCUUACGAGAAAUUCUUACAGGCGAAGGACGUCAGGAAGAUCGAUUGAGCGACAUGGAAUUUAGUCAAAUGCUUGAAGGCGCACCAUUAGAUCCAAAAGGCAAUUUGGAUUAUGCUGCGUUCACUCGACAAAUUAAACGUGGCAAAGAAGAUGAAUAA